UGCCAUGUUAUUGUUAGUUUGAUCAAUCUCAUGAAUCAAAAUCAUAAAAUUCCCACUCUGCAAUAACCCCAACAGUUUGCAGGUCAUUUUACAGGAAGAGUACUUUAGCAAGGAACUUCACUUUGAUACUAUAUACUUUAAAUAUCCAGCUGAUGAAAGAGAAUAUAUCACAAAUUACCAUGGCAUAGCCUACUAUAAAUGCUGAACUACAUUACCUAAAAUGCCUUUCGACUUAAUUCAACCUCAGACUGUAGUUUCUAAGUUUCACUAUGUACUUCACCUACGUAUUCACAUUGUCCAAAAUGUGUAAAUAGAGAGAGUUAGCGGAGUUGUUUUAUUCCCAUGCUGUGAGUUUAUGAUACAGAGUAGACUAGGCUGAUACACACCAUUCAUUUGAAACAUUUAUUGAAUAGGCUAGGGCUGGGUCGGUAGUUCCGCUUCCCCUUCGCCAUAGCGGAAUUAUCCAAGGGCCGAAAAGAUAGAAGAAAAGUUGCAUUGUAAAUAUUUGUAGUCCUGUUUUUACUAAGUUAUUUGUACGCGCUGCGUACCAUCAAGGCCCGAUGUUACGCAUGAAGUACUUUUAACGGAUUUGCCAACGUCUAACGAACCGUCGAGGAUCGGCCAGGAGUCAAGUUCUAUUCAAGUUUAACUGUGGAAUCUCCGGUACCAGUCAGUGCCUCCUCUCACUUCUGUUGUUGUUUUCUGCCCAACCUCCUGUAAUGCAUGAGCACACAUGUGCCCAUUGCUGAUGUGAGCGCUGCCUUGCUUGAUUUGUUUUUUCACCCUGCCAAUCCUCACCCACUGAGCCCACUGCCCUGUUAGCCCUGCUACACUCAACCACAUUUAGCAAUGUGUGAUAACGGAGACCCUGAGGAUAAGCCCCCUGCCCCUCCUGUCAGGAUGAGCAGUACCAUCUUCAGCACCAGCUCUGGAAAAGACUCUCUCUCAGCCAACCACAGCUCUAAACCUCUACCCUCUGUCCCUGAAGAAAGGAAACCUCGCAAUAAGAUCAUCUCAAUUUUCUCGGGGGCUGAAAAAGGUGGUAGAAAGAAAGAUAGAGACAAAGAGCGACCAGAGAUCUCACCACCCUCAGAUUUUGAACACACCAUCCAUGUUGGGUUUGAUGCUGUCACAGGGGAAUUCACUGGUAUGCCAGAGCAAUGGGCUCGACUACUCCAGACCUCAAACAUCACCAAGUCAGAGCAAAAGAAAAACCCACAGGCUGUGCUUGAUGUUCUUAAGUUCUAUGACUCUACAGGGAAUGGUCGUCAAAAGUACCUCAGCUUAUCGUCUUCAGAAAAAGAUGCAUUCACUCCAGGCCCUCAGUCUCCGGUUAAAAAAGGCACCGAACCAUCUCCGAAUAUUAAAGACAUCGACGAUGAUGACGAUGAUGAAACUCCUCCUCCUAUUGUGGCGCCACGACCAGAACACACAAAAAGUGUGUACACUCGCUCUGUCAUUGAUCCCAUUCCUGCUCCAAGCACGUGUCCUGAUGGAGACACUGCCUCCAAGGCUGCAGACAGACAAAAAAAGAAGGGCAAGAUGUCAGAUGAGGAGAUCAUGGACAAACUGAGAACCAUAGUCAGCAUCGGAGAUCCCAAAAAGAAGUACACCAGAUACGAAAAGAUCGGUCAGGGGGCAUCAGGAACAGUAUUUACAGCCAUCGAUGUUGCUACAGGACAGGAGGUUGCUAUUAAACAGAUCAACCUACAAAAGCAACCCAAGAAGGAACUAAUCAUCAAUGAGAUUCUAGUGAUGAAGGAGCUGAAGAACCCCAACAUUGUUAACUUUUUAGACAGUUUCCUGAUGGGGGAGGAGCUUUUUGUUGUGAUGGAGUAUCUGGCAGGUGGUUCGCUGACGGAUGUGGUAACAGAGACGUGUAUGGAUGAGGCCCAGAUAGCUGCCGUCUGCCGAGAGUGUUUACAAGCAUUGGAUUUCCUGCAUGCCAACCAGGUCAUCCACAGAGACAUCAAAAGUGACAACGUAUUACUUGGGAUGGAUGGUUCUGUCAAGCUCACCGAUUUUGGCUUCUGUGCCCAGAUCACUCCAGAGCAAAGCAAACGUAGCACCAUGGUGGGCACACCUUACUGGAUGGCCCCGGAGGUUGUCACUAGAAAGGCUUAUGGGCCUAAAGUAGACAUCUGGUCUCUGGGUAUUAUGGCUAUUGAGAUGGUUGAAGGAGAGCCUCCCUACCUGAACGAAAACCCACUACGAGCAUUAUACCUGAUUGCCACCAAUGGCACCCCUGAACUUCAGAAUCCAGAGAAGCUGUCUCCAGUUUUCAGAGACUUCCUCAACCGUUGCCUGGAAAUGGAUGUAGAGAAAAGAGGCGGCGGCAAAGAGCUCUUGCAGCAUCCGUUCUUGAAGCUGGCCAAACCUCUCUCCAGUCUCACACCUCUCAUCCUGGCAGCCAAGGAGGCCAUGAAAGGCAAUCGUUAGCUGAUGCAACGAGCUACUCUGCCUCCCCAUGCUGUGCACAGAUAUGUGCCAACCAUUUAGAUUUUGUGCCAGACAAUAGGCUGAGAGUGAUUUGCCACUCUUGAUGCACCAGCCUUAUAAGCCCUGACAAACCUCACUGUGAAGAAGACCAAAAAUAAAGAGCACAACCCACCGCUGUCCAUAUGAACUCUAUUGUCACUCAGAUGUCAGAAGACAAGUCAAACUAAAGUGCUUAGUUUCAGUGUCAGGCGUAGUUAUUUUAUACAACAAAUCUCCUGGUGACAAGUUAGGGCUAGGCUUGUAUUUAACUUGGAAUGAAGAAGAUGCCUAGUUCUAUUUAGUUUUUUAAUCAACUGCCUUAAACAAAUGCAAAAUGUUGCCUAAUGUAUUGUUGAUUGUGUCAGUGUCCUUUUUCCCAUGAUUUUUACUACCUUUGUAAUUUACCUUUUCAACUUGUCAGUGUCUUAGUUAUUUUGAUACUUGAAUUUCAUAUUUGUCCCCCUUCUUGUUAAAUACUGGGUCUCAUUCAACAUUGGCCAUGUGUUAUGGACAUUGUCUUGCCAGUUUUAUAGGAAACAAUUCACUGCAUUUCAUGAUCAUGAACAUGUGUUGUGACUGUGUCAAUGACGUUCUUUUAUUGCCACACCUGACAGACCUACUGUACCAGUUUUUCCCCUGUAUCAAUAGUCUCCUGAUACCAGAGGUGCACCUUACGGGCAAAUUAAAAUGUUAGAUUGACAGGGUUUAUACUUUCUUCUCUAUUGUUAUUAAAAAUGAGUAUUGUAUGUUGAACUCUGUCCUUUGUGUUAUUCUGGACUAAAAAGAUUUCCCCAUGUGUAUAUUGUAUACUUAAAAGUAGUUGGGCAGUAAGCAAGUGGCCAUAUUCUGGUUAGCAAUUGACGAUUGGUAAAUAGACAAUUUUCUUGUGACUUUUGUUCUUUUUAUGUUCUGGUCAACUAACACCCUUGUCUGCGCACUCAAAUAAAUGCAACUGUUCUUGCUUUUGUGA